CUCCACACUGCGCAGCUCCGUCCUGCGCGGUGGAGCUGCGCAGUGGAGCGGUGGGUGUAGUCUGGAGUCCCGAGUGAGGAGCUGCAUGACGUCACAAAGACUCUCUCUCUCUCUCUCUCUCUCUCUCUGUCUCACUCUCUGUGUCUCACCCUCUCACUCUCACACACGCACAGCCGCGGACAGCAGCUCGGGCCCCGGACACACAGAGAGAGAGAAACCCCGCUGGUUGCGUUGUUUUGCUCGGCUGACCGGAGAGAACAUGCGUGGCGAGAUGCGGGGCGUCGUGCGGGCUCUGCUGAUGGCGUGCGUGGCGUCGUGCGUGCGCGCCGCCAUGGACGAGUGCUGGGACGAGCGGCACCGCGCACAGCGCUGCAUGCCCGAGUUCGUGAACGCGGCGUUCAACGUGACCGUGGCGGCCACCAACACCUGCGGGGCCCCGCCGGAGGAGUACUGCGUGCAGACCGGGGCCACCGGGGUCACCAAGUCCUGCCACCUGUGCGACGCGCGGGACGCCACGCACCACCACACGCCCGCGUACCUGACCGACUACAACAACCAGCAGGACACCACCUGGUGGCAGAGCCAGACCAUGCUGGCCGGCGUGCAGCACCCCAGCGCCAUCAACCUCACGCUGCACCUGGGUAAGUCCUUCGACAUCACCUACGUGCGUCUGAAGUUCCACACCAGCCGCCCGGAGAGCUUCGCCAUCUACAAGCGCAGCAGCGAGGACGGCCCGUGGGUUCCGUACACGUUCUACAGCGGUUCCUGUGAGAAGACGUACCAGAAGGCCAGCCGCGGCUUCAUCCGCACCGGAGAGGACGAGCAGCAGGCGCUCUGCACCGACGACUUCAGCGACAUCUCGCCGCUCACCGGGGGCAACGUGGCCUUCUCCACGCUGGAGGGCCGGCCCAGCGCAUACAACUUCGACAACAGCCCCGUGCUCCAGGACUGGGUGACGGCCACCGACAUCAGAGUGACCCUGAACCGGCUCAACACGUUCGGAGACGAGGUUUUCAACGACCCCAAGGUCCUCAAGUCCUACUACUACGCCAUCUCUGACUUCGCUGUGGGGGGAAGGUGUAAGUGUAACGGCCACGCCAGCGAGUGUGUGAAGAACAGCAGAGGACGGCUGGUGUGUAACUGCAAACACAACACGGACGGAGACGACUGCAACAUCUGCAAACCGUUCUACAACGACCGGCCGUGGAGGAGAGCGACCGCCGACAACCCCAACGACUGUCUGCCCUGCGACUGUAACGGGAAGAGCUCAGAGUGUUACUUCGAUGCCGAGCUGUACCGGGCCUCAGGUCACGGAGGUCACUGCACCAACUGUGCCGACAACACCGACGGGCCCAACUGUGAGCGCUGCCUGGACUACUACCACCGGGACGCCAGCGGCAACCGCUGCCUGCCCUGUGGCUGCAACACCGUCGGCUCAGAGUCUCCUCAGUGUGACAUCAGAGGAGUGUGUGCGUGUAAACCCGGAGUGACCGGAGAGAAGUGCGACCGCUGCCAGCCGGGGUUCCACAGUCUGACGGAGGCCGGCUGCAGGCCUUGCUCCUGUUCUCCCUCUGGCAGCACUCAGGAGUGUGACGUGAACACUGGACAGUGUCGCUGCAAAGAACAUGUGGAGGGCUUCAGCUGCGACAGGUGUAAACUGGGCUUCUUCAACCUGGACCCCAACAACCCUCAGGGCUGCACCGCCUGCUUCUGCUUCCAGCACUCGUCCGUGUGCGACAGCGCCGAGGGCUUCAGCGUCCACACCGUCAGCUCGUCCUUCUCCAGAGAUGACGAGCAGUGGAGCGGUCAGCAGCGCGAUGGUUCCAGUGUCUCCGUCCAGUGGUCUCCCAGUGGACAGGAAGUGUCCCUCAUCUCAGACGACUACUUCCCCAUGUACUUUGUAGCCCCAGGGAAGUUUUUGGGGAACCAGAUGCUGAGCUAUGGACAGAACCUGAGUCUGAGUUUCCGGGUGGACCGGCGGGACGCCCGGCUGUCGGCGGAGGACCUGGUCCUGGAGGGAGCCGGCCUCAGGGUGGCCGUCCCCCUCAUCUCCCAGGGCAACUCCUACCCCAACGAGAACAUGCAGACAUACGUGUUCAGGCUCCAUGACAGCUCAGAUUAUCCCUGGAGGCCGACCAUCAGCCACCCAGACUUCCAGAAACUCCUCCACAACCUGACCGCCAUCAAGAUCCGCGGCACCUACAGCGAGAGGAGUGCCGGUUACCUCGACGACGUCUCCUUGGUAACGGCGAGGCGGGCUCCAGGUGUGCCGGCCCAAUGGGUGGAGCGCUGCACCUGUCCUCAGGGUUACCAGGGGCAACACUGUGAGCAGUGCACUCUGGGAUAUCGUCGCGCCCGCCCGGAGCUCGGAGCCUUCAGCCCCUGUGAGCCCUGCAACUGUAACGGACACAGCGAGGCCUGCAACCCCAACACUGGAGCGUGCGACUGUCGUGACAACACGGCCGGCCUCAGCUGUGAGCGCUGUAGAGACGGUUUCUAUGGCGACGCCACCCGAGGGUCGUCAGCUGACUGUGAGGCCUGUCCCUGUCCGACCGGAGCCACCUGCGCCGUGGUCCCCAAAACCAGAGAGGUGGUCUGCACCAACUGUCCCGCAGGAACCACAGGGAAGCGCUGCGAGCUCUGCGACGACGGGUUCUUCGGCGACCCGCUGGGUCAGAGCGGGCCGGUCCGAGCCUGCCGCGCCUGCAAGUGCAGCGACAACAUCGACCCCAACGCCGUCGGCAACUGCGACCGCGAGACGGGAGAGUGCCUGAAGUGCAUCUACAACACCGACGGCUUCUUCUGCGACCGCUGCAAGGAGGGUUUCUACGGCAACGCCCUGGCCAGCAACGCCGCCGACAAGUGCAAAGCCUGCUCCUGCUCUCCGUUCGGUACCGUGGGUCAACAGACCGGCUGUUCUCAGGUCACCGGUCAGUGUCCGUGUCUCCCCAACGUGGCCGAGCGGGACUGCAGCGUCUGUCAGCCCGGCUUCUUCAACCUGCAGAGCGCCGACGGCUGUGAACGAUGCAACUGCAAUCCGAUUGGCUCCACCAACGGUCAGUGUGACAUCACCUCGGGGCAGUGCGAGUGUCAGCCCGGCGUCACCGGCCUGCACUGCGAACGCUGCGAGGUCAACUUCUUCGGCUUCAGCUCGUCCGGAUGCAAACCCUGCGACUGCGACCCCGAGGGCUCCCAGUCCGGUCAGUGUCAGGAGGACGGGCGCUGCGAGUGUCGGCCCGGCUUCGUGGGCUCUCGAUGCGACAUGUGUGAGGAGAACUACUUCUACAACCGCUCGGCACCGGGCUGCCAGCAGUGCCCGUCCUGCUACAGUCUGGUCAGAGACAAGGUGAACCAGCAGAGGCAGAAGCUUCACGACCUGCAGACUCUGAUCGAUAACCUGGGCUCGGGCCAGGACACCGUCACCGACCAGGCCUUCGAGGACCGGCUGAAGGAGGCAGAGAGGGCCAUCAUGGAGCUGCUGGAGGAGGCUCAGACCAGCAAAGACGUGGACCGAGGUCUGCUGGAUCGCCUGAACGGCAUCAACAACACUCUGACGACCCAGUGGAACCGACUGCAGAGCAUCCGCAACACGGUGGACGACACCGGCACGCAGGCCGACCGCGCCCGCCACCGAGUCCGAGACGCCGAGGACCUGAUCGACCGCGCCCGACAGGAGCUGGACAAGGCUAAGGACGCCAUCAGCAAAGUGGACAUCAAACCCCCGAGCGGCACCGGAGAUCCGAACAACAUGACGCUGCUGGCUGAGGAGGCUCGAACGCUGGCUGACAAGCACAAGAUGGACGCCGACCAGAUCGAGAAGAUCGCCAAAGACGCCAACGACACGUCGACCAAAGCGCACAACCUGCUGCUGAAGACUCUGGACGGAGAGAGCAAGACGAGCCAGGAGAUCGACGAGCUCAACAAGAAGUACAACGAGGCGAAGGAGCUGGCCAAGAAUCUGGAGAAACAGGCCAACAAGGUUCAGGCCGAGGCCGAAGACGCCGGAAACAAAGCUGUGAAGAUCUUUGCCAACCUGACGAGCGUCCCGUCGUUCGACACCAAAGCUCUGGAGGACGAAGCCAGUAAGAUCAAGAAGGAGGCGUCAGACCUCGACAAGCUCAUCGACAAGACGGAGAAGGAGUACAACGACCUGAGAGACGACCUGAGGGGGAAAGAGCAGGAAGUACGCAAGCUGCUGGAUAAAGGAAGGAGUGAGCAGCAGACUGCAGAUCAGCUGUUGGCUCGAGCCGACGCUGCCAAAGCUCUGGCUGAGGAGGCGGCGAAGAAAGGACAGUCCACCUUUAAAGAGGCCGAGAGCAUCCUGGAGGACCUCAGAGACUUCGACAAGAGAGUCAACGACAACAAGACGGCAGCCGAGGAUGCUUUGAAGAAGAUCCCCGCCAUCAACGCCACCAUCAUGGCCGCCAACCAGAAGACCAAGCAGGCGGAGGCGGCGCUCGGCAACGCGGCCGCCGACGCCCGGGAGGCCAAGAACAAGGCGGAGGAGGCCGAGAGGAUCGCCGGCAACGUGCAGAAGGGCUCAGCCAAGACCAAGGAGGACGCAGAGACGGCCUUUAAGGACACCAACAAGCUGGACGGCGAGGUCGGCGUCAUGAUGGACCAGCUGGACGCCGCGGAGCAGGAGCUGGCCAGGAAGAAGGCCGAGGCCGACCAGGACAUGAUGAUGGCGGGAAUGGCGUCCGAUAACGCUAAGGAGGCCGAGGACAACGCCCGCAAGGCCAAGAGCGCCGUGAAGACGGUGCUGGGCACCAUCACCGUCCUGCUGGACCAGCUGGGAAACAUUGACAAGGUGGACUUGAGCAAGCUGAACCAGAUCGACGAGUCCCUGAAGAGGGCCAAGGGCAAUAUGGGCGACAGCGAUCUGGACAGGAAGCUGACGGAGCUGAACGACGUGGCGCGGAGCCAAGAGGACAUGAUCAACGACUACGACCGGCAGAUCCGCGAGAUCCGCGCCGACAUCGCCAACCUCAACGACAUCAAGAACACGUUACCCAACGGCUGCUUCAACAUGCCGAUUAUAGAGCGGCCUUAACCCCCCCCCUCCAACACUCCCCCUUCACGUCUAACACUCCGGCAAACAUGCCGACUUUUACCAAAACAGUUUUUUAAAUCAUUUUCUUUUUGUCCUCAGUUUCUUGUCUUUGAAACCAAUAUUUUAAGCCACAUUCACGUUUAGAUAUUUUUUUU